GCCGUGCACCCCGCGCCCCGCCUUCGGGGAGACAUGCAGAUGAUGACCAGGAACGUCCUGCUGGACAUGGAGCUGGAGGACGACGACGACGAGGAUGGAGAUAUCGGUCAUGUUCCUGCCUCCAGGAUGCCUUUUCUGGCUCCUCAAACUCUUCUCCCAUCCAGCCUGGUGCUGGAAAAUUUUGAACAGACAAUUGUCCCCAGUUUUGGAUCACUGGAAAGUCAGCAGGAUUUCCGAACCCCAGAAUUUGAGGAAUUUAAUGGACAACCUGACUCUCUCUUUUUUAAUGAUGGCCAGCGAAGAAUUGAUUUUGUUUUAGUGUAUGAUGAAAGUAGCAGAAAAGAGACCAAUAAAAAAAAGGGGCUGAAUGAAAAACAAAGGAGGAAAAGACAAGCAUAUGAAUCUAACCUCAUCUGUCAUGGCCUGCAGCUAGAAGCAACAAGAUCAGCUUUAGAUGAUAAGCUGGUAUUUGUGAAAGUGCACGCCCCGUGGGAAGUGUUGUGCACUUAUGCAGAGGUCAUGCACAUCAAGCUGCCCCUGAAGCCCAGUGACCUGAAAGCCCGGUCAUCAGCCUUUGGAAGGCUGAACUGGUUUACCAAAUUCCUCCGAGUGGAUGAGAGUCUCAUCAAACCUGAACAAGAGUUCUUCACUGCCCCAUUUGAGAAGAGACGGAUGAAUGAUUUUUACAUCCUUGAUAAAGAUUCCUUCUUCAAUCCAGCCACUAGGAGCCGUAUUGUUUACUUCAUCCUUUCUCGGGUCAAAUAUCAAGUGAUGAACAACGUUAACAAGUUUGGGAUUAACAGACUUGUAAGCUCUGGAAUCUACAAAGCAGCAUUCCCUUUGCAUGAUUCCAAAUUCGGAUCGCCCUCAGAGGACCCCAGCUGCCCUAAUGAGCGGUACCUUCUGUACAGGGAGUGGGCUCAUCCUCGAAGCAUAUACAAGAAGCAGCCCUUGGAUCUUAUCAGGAAGUAUUAUGGAGAGAAGAUCGGCAUCUACUUCGCUUGGCUGGGCUACUACACUCAGAUGCUGCUGCUGGCAGCAGUAGUAGGGGUAGCUUGCUUUCUGUAUGGCUAUCUGAAUCAAGAUAACUGCACAUGGAGCAAAGAAGUGUGUGACCCUGAUAUUGGUGGCCAGAUCCUAAUGUGUCCUCAGUGUGAUAGGCAUUGUCCAUUCUGGAAGCUCAAUAUAACUUGUGAGUCCUCAAAGAAAUUAUGCAUCUUUGACAGCUUUGGAACCCUGAUCUUUGCAGUAUUUAUGGGAGUAUGGGUGACCUUGUUUUUGGAGUUCUGGAAGCGGCGCCAGGCAGAGCUUGAGUACGAAUGGGACACGGUUGAGUUACAGCAGGAAGAACAAGCCCGGCCAGAAUAUGAAGCACAAUGCAACCAUGUGGUGAUAAAUGAGAUCACUCAGGAGGAAGAGCGCAUCCCCUUCACAGCCUGCGGAAAAUGUAUCCGAAUCACUCUGUGUGCAAGUGCUGUCUUUUUCUGGAUUCUGCUCAUCAUCGCUUCUGUGAUCGGGAUCAUUGUCUACAGGCUCUCGGUGUUCAUUGUCUUCUCUACAAACCUUCCCAAAAACCCCAGUGGAACAGACCCCAUCCAGAAGUACCUGACCCCACAGAUGGCCACAUCCAUCACUGCUUCCAUCAUCAGCUUCAUCAUUAUCAUGAUUCUGAACACCAUUUAUGAGAAAGUGGCUAUCAUGAUCACCAACUUUGAACUCCCAAGGACCCAGACUGACUAUGAGAACAGCCUGACCAUGAAGAUGUUCCUCUUCCAGUUUGUCAACUACUACUCCUCGUGCUUCUACAUUGCCUUCUUUAAGGGCAAAUUUGUAGGCUAUCCAGGAGACCCAGUGUACUGGCUGGGAAAAUACAGAAAUGAAGAGUGUGACCCAGGUGGCUGUCUUCUUGAACUGACAACCCAGCUGACAAUCAUCAUGGGAGGAAAAGCAAUCUGGAAUAACAUACAAGAAGUACUGCUUCCCUGGAUCAUGAAUCUAAUUGGUCGAUUUCAAAGAGUUUCAGGAUCAGAAAGGACAACUCCACGGUGGGAACAAGAUUAUCAUCUGCAGCCCAUGGGCAAACUGGGACUCUUUUAUGAGUAUCUUGAAAUGAUUAUUCAGUUUGGGUUCGUCACCUUAUUUGUGGCCUCUUUUCCACUGGCUCCUCUGCUGGCGCUGGUGAACAAUAUAUUGGAAAUAAGAGUGGACGCGUGGAAACUGACUACCCAGUUUAGACGCAUGGUGCCAGAAAAAGCCCAGGACAUCGGCGCAUGGCAGCCCAUCAUGCAAGGAAUAGCCAUCCUGGCUGUGGUAACCAAUGCCAUGAUCAUUGCUUUCACAUCAGACAUGAUCCCCCGCCUGGUAUAUUACUGGUCCUUCUCUAUCCCUCCCUAUGGAGACCACGCCGACUACACUAUGGAGGGUUACAUCAAUAACACCCUCUCCAUCUUCAACAUCACGGACUUCAAAAACACAGACAAGGAAAAUCCAUACAUUGGGCUUGGUAACUACACCUUGUGCAGGUAUCGUGACUUUCGAAACCCACCUGGGCACCCACAGGAGUAUAAACACAACAUCUACUAUUGGCACGUGAUUGCUGCCAAGCUGGCUUUUGUCAUUGUCAUGGAGCAUAUCAUCUACUCUGUGAAAUUUUUCAUUUCAUAUGCAAUUCCAGAUGUCUCCAAAAGCACGAAGAGUAAAAUCAAGAGAGAGAAAUACUUAACACAGAAGCUUCUUCAUGAGAGCCACCUCAAAGAUCUGACGAAAACCUUGGGGGUUAUAGCCGAGAGGGUGGGUGAGGCAGUGGAGAACAGUUUACGACCAAAGUCAGAAUGAGAAUGUUCUGUCCUGAGACACAUUUGGAAGAGUUGAACUCUGUCACAGUGUAUUACAAGUGCCUACUGAGAAGGUCUAAGUGAAGGCACUUUGGUGAAUAUGAGUCUUAACUAGUGCCAUUGUCAUGCGUAUUACAUUUCAGUUUCAGCUAGCUGCAAAGAAUGGGAAAUGUAAAACUUUGAUCAAGAAGCACAUAAAACUACCUACCUGGAAAACCUGAAUAUGUGCCCUGAUUUUGAUGAAUUGGAAUUUUAGUAACACAGAAAAAGUCUUUCAGUGUGCUGAAAGCCAUGCUUCCUAAAGCAUCCUGGCCUCUCUUUACUGUCCCAAGUAUUUCCAUUCUCAUUGGUACUGUUCAUUUCUUCUCUUUCCUAAAUAUGUCCCAGGCUGACCUUAUCCUGGCAGAACACCACUAAAGACCAGGCAUGCCUCCUGCCUUAAUUGCUUUGGGUCAUUGAAAAUAGCUAGCCCAGAAUUGACUGUGAAUGUUUUGUCAAGUGGCGAUUGACUCAAAAAUCCUCAGUAUUUCAGUGUAUUUAUUAUUCCUCCCCCGCAGAGAGGAAGCCUCAGUAAGGAGAAAUCAUUUCCAUGAUUGUUUCAGCCUGUCUUCCCAUUGCAAAGAAAUAGUGUCCUGGCUUCAAUAUAGCUUUGAAGCAUAUUUCUACUAAUCCUCCAUGUCACAAUUGUCUUCGGGGAGCUGUCCCACAAUGCUCUCUGCCUAAUCAGUGCUGCCUGCUUUACAGAUGUCAAGGGAGUAAAUGACAAAAGUAAGAAAGUUUCAGAUCCAAGUAAAAAUCAUAUCUUAUGUUGAUCUGCCAAUUUACCUCUUCUUAAUGUGUGUAGUUUCUUAGGAAAAUGAUAAUCAGAUGACGAUAAUCAAUUUUUAUCCGCAUAAUUGUGUGGAAAACACAAGCCAAUCAACUUUCCAUAGCAGACACAUUCACCUGACACAGGAGCGCACCUUACGAGAGUCACCAAGGACUUCUGAAGGACUUCUGGCAAAGCCCUUUGGCUUGACAAUGCUACACAUGUCAGAGGGACAGCAAACACCCAGAUCAUGAGCCACGCUUGUGAUCCUUAUGUGGGAAGUCUCUUUCACAGAUUCCUGCAUUACUAUCUCUGCUUGCCAAAGAACCCACAGAUCAAAGCUGCUGCCACGUGGUCAAGGCUUCCUUGCUCCACUAACAUGUCUGUAAGUAUGUUCACACUAGAAGCAAGAGUCGACCUGGAUUAUUGCUCAUUAAGAAAGGAGACGCUGAAUUUAAUUUGAGUGUCAAGCCUCCACUGGAACCGUUGGAAGGGAUAAUUUGUCACAAGAUGGCAUGCUGCUGAGCAGCCUUGCCCAGUGCCUGGCCCUCUGCUGGGUCUGGAGAAGGCACCAGCUGCAGCUCUCCCCUUUGGCCUGCAGUAGAUCAGUGCUGGGGGAAGAGGAGAUCCCUGGUAUCCCCAUCUCAGGGUGGGCUUCUGCCAACUUGGAUACUAGGAGCCUGCCUAGUGGAGUACCAACUGCCUGGGAAAGGAAACAUGUCUGAGAACCCCCUUCUAGAGACUUGUUGAAAUAAUGCAUCAUAAGUCCAGGUCAUAGUUUGAAGUGCCUGCAGAAAAUUUUUUUUUUCUAAUUUUGGAGUAUCAGUAGGAUUCAUCAAAGCAUUGUUGUGUGCCUUUGAGUUUCCCACCAUUGUUGAUACAUUGUGUUAGCAAUGUGGUCAGAAAGGCCCUAAAGCCCCAUGAGUUAAACUGCACCGCCACAAGGAUGGCUGCCUUCCUGCAGGAGGAAACUUCUCCGCACAGCUGAGAGCAGGUUGCCGCUGUGCUCUUCGCUGGCGACUUCAGAGGAGUCCUCACCACCUCUUGUCUACCUGCUAUGUAUGUCAUAGUGGAAAUAGAAAUGCUUUCACCUUCUCUCUUUACCCUCUUUCUUUGUGUAUAUGAAGGGAUUUUAAAAGAAAAGUACAUUUGCUCACCCAUACCCCCACCUAAGAGGACCCUCUGCAGAGUUUAAAAUAUGCUGCUGUGGAUGGGAUAAAUAGAAAACAAAAUUGUGUUUCUAAAUGCAGCAGGUGGGUGUCUGAUGGCCACGAUGCCUGAGUGUCAAGUUGCACUGACAUCAGCAGUGCUGGUGUGUCCGAUGCUGAGUGGGUGAUGGAGAGAAGCAGGCUACCCUGGGAAUCCCAGCAGAUGCAGCCCCCAGCCCCAGGAACACAGGGGCAGGACAGGAGCCUGUGAGGAAGUCAUCUUGUCCAUAGCCAGUCCAGCAUAACCACUAGAGAAAUUUUAUCUUUAUCCAUUUGUUAUGCCUGUGAAUUUUAAUGAUUAAAGCAUUAGACCAAAUACUCAGGGGAUUUUUUUCAUUUGAAUAUCCCUCAAAUAUUCAUAUACUUCAUUAGAAGUAGAAACUGUAGUUUUUGUUUUAAAGCUGAACAAAGCCAUCUUGUGAAAUGUUUGUCACCAGGUUUUCCCUUUGCACUGCAUGUGGAUCUUGACUGUCACAGGACAUUCAUUCACAGUGGGGACAGACUGCUCCUGUGGAAGUGUUUGAAACUGUGUGAGCAGCAUAGCGAGGUGGAGCUGAACUUCUUAUCCUGCUUGCUGCAGCACAUUGUGGCUUAAGAUGUAAAGUUUGUAAUUAAUGUUUGUUAAUUUCUAUGCUUUUAAAUAUUCUUUUAUAAUUAUAAGCAUUUUAAUAAAUUCAUUUUUACAGACAAUA